AUGUUUCAUUCUUACUUUGAUUUUUUGUUAGGUCUUUGGUGUGGAUGCAAUUUGUUCCUCAAAAGCGGACUUCUGAUUGAUGUCGUUGAUAAAAAUUCAGCUCAAGCUAGCGUCGUGAAUACAAAAUACUUCUCUGAUGUUUUCAUACAUAGAUUAUUUAAAUUGGUUUUAGAAUUGCCGAUCAAAACUAGAAUGUCAUAUGAAAAAAGAUCCAAUUAUGCUUAA